UUUGUCGGUGAUGUGAAACAUGGAAACCAGACAAGUGAAGCGAAACAUUGAAGCCCUGCUUGGUCAUUAUAUUGGACAAAAGCUCAGGGAAAAUGGCUUUGACCCCAAGGGGAAAGGCUCUUCCUCAAUGCUGGACGAUCUGGCUCAUUAUGAUUUAGCCAUAAGUGUGGCUUUAUGGUGGUUGAAUGAGAAAAUGGCUCCAGAUGUGAAUGAACUUAUAGGAGCCAUCAGUCCUGGCCACAGUCACUGUUUUAAUCGACUGGAAAGAGAGGCAAUAAUCCUCUCAUCUUUUGCAGGGAUGCUUUUGAACAGCUUACCUGUAAAUGAGAUCCUGUCGCUGUAUAGCUGCAAGCCAUCUGCCUCCUGCCCUCAUCCACAUACUAAAAGCAACAUCAUUCAUCCAUUCUCCUUGUCCUAUCAUCCAUUUGCCAUGCUCAGCUCAUUUAAGGCAGUAGAUCGUUCAAGAAAACACACUCAGAUGCUGAAAAGGUGGAAUACUCUGCGUAAUAAAGGAGCAUCAGCAGGGUUGGAGAAGCUGAAGGAGCCCUCCCCAAUCCCCUCUUCUCUGUCUUCUUUCAGUGACAGUGAGGAUUCAUUGAAAGAGCAAGCAAAGCAGUAUGAUGGCUCUGAGGAAUCGCAGCAGGACUGAAGACUACCCAUCCAGCAACUAGUCUUUAAAGCAUUCUAUUACUACUGUAUAGCUUUUAGAUUUUAUUUUUACCUUUAAAAAAAAAAAACAACCUUGGUUACAGUUUGACCUUUUUAGAAGU